AUGCAUACAGCAGAGGAGGCCAGUUUUAUGGUCCAGUGGCUUGAUAAACCUUCAAUACCCAAUGGGACAAAUACCCGUUCAAGCUUAGGAGUCCCAUAUACUUUUUGGCCUUUUUAUGAUUCAACCAUGAACAUGGCAGGGCUCACUGAAAGUUCAUGCAUUUAUUUGGAAUUCCCUAGUACUAGAUUUUACAGUCUUCCAUCGGAGAGUAGUUACAGUGGUGGUAGACUGAGCCAAAAAAGCGACUACUUGAGUGAUUUCCAACCAAUUUUGACAUCCACUUAUAACUUCAGGUCCAUGGAUUCAGUUCCUUAUCUCAUUGAUGGGGAUGACUGCACGAACCAAGAAAUAAGUAAGGGAGAUGCAGAGGAGUCUGCUGGAAACAUGCCCGAAACUGUUCUCCUUCACAUGGAUUUACAGCAAAAAAGGAAAACUGAUGUUCCAAAACCAGACUCGAUCUCGGAAGUCAAAACUGACAAGCCAUCUGAGAAUUCUUGA